GAGGUGUUCACUGUUGCCACAACAAUCUGAACUGUGCCUUGUUCUCUGAAAGAACAAAUGGACCUGCCAUUUCCCAGGUUUCACAGAAACUGCUUCACCCGGAACAAGGCGCCAUGACCAGCCAGUCUCAAGGAAUUCACCAGCUCCUGCAGGCAGAGAAAAGGGCCAAAGACAAGCUAGAAGAAGCCAAAAAAAGAAAAGGGAAACGAUUGAAACAAGCUAAGGAAGAGGCAAUGGCAGAAAUUGACCAGUACAGAAUGGAGAGGGAGAAGGAGUUUCGUCUGCAACAAUCUAAGAUAAUGGGCUCUCAGAGUAAUAUCUUAGAUGAAUUAGAAGAAGAAACACUAAAGAAGAUACAAGAGCUGAACAGACGCUACAACAAGUAUAUGGAAAGUGUGCUUAAACAGCUUUUGGGCAUGGUAUGUGAUAUGAAACCAGAAAUUCACAUUAAUUACAGAGUCACCAAUUAAAUGUACAUCAUAGUGUGUAGUAAAUGGUGUGUGGGUUCCUCCUGCUUGCUCAUAGCUUUACGUUUAUAUCAAAGAAAUUAAAUGUUAAUCUUAUUUUUUGGAUAUAUACAAACUUUACUAUGACAUAAUUCACAUGUAGGCAUUGAAUUAAACAUAAAUAGAACUGUUGCUUUCCUAAUAAUAGUUAUACCUUCACAGUCUAACUUGGAGAAAGACAAGAUUGCAGAAUAAUGUGCUUUUUUAACACAUGAAAGGAAAAUAAUCAUGAUAGCUUUUUUAGAUAUUUUUCCCUCAUUUCUUCUUCAAUUUAGAAAAUGUGCUCUUUGGUGAGGUUGCUUAAAGAUCAUUUUAAAAGUGAAUGUAAUUAUGACACGUCUCAAAUGAACAUGUCAAGGAUUUUGUUUAUCUUUAAUCAAUGAGGAAACUGAAUAUGCUGGCUCAUUUAAUAAAUAAUCCUAAAAGUGUGCAUAAAGAGAGAAGAGACAGAAAACUAAUGGGUUAUAUAACCAUCUUAAGAGAAAAGGCCCCUACAACUGUCCUAUGUAUUAUUUCAAUUGACGAGAGAUUGUAUUUUUCAAGUAUAUUUUAAAUAAACAAAUAAAAGUUUAGCUGA